AAUAUAAUAUAAUAAAAGGUGGUGCAGUGGUUUUGAAUCCGGGCCUUUCGGUGUGGACUUUGCAAAACUAAUGCCUGAAAAGACAAAUGUUUCACGAUUCAAAGUGAAGUGGGGUAAAAGGGUCAUUUGUGAAGGAGGGCUUUAUAAAUAAACAGAUACAAAUGGUGAUCCCUUCUUACAGAGAGAGAGAGGACCACCAAACUUUUUUAUACAGGACACAGUGAUGAGCACCGGAACUAAACUUUCAUAAUCAGAGGGAAAAAGCAUAGUUUUGGAGGGGAGUAAUCAAACAAUGGCAACAACAUUGGGAUAGUGCAACAAAAGGAAGACAUUUUUAUAUAAAAUACAAAAAGUAGGAAUGGCAAGAAACCGUGGAACCGAUAGAAGAGAGCAAAUAAUCAUGAAUAGAUUAAGAAUUGGUCACAGCAACUUGAAUGGCACACUAUUUGUUAUAGGAAAACAUCCAACUGGCUAUUGCGAUCAGUGCCAGGAGUUAGAAACAGUGGAGCAUGUCCUGAUUGAAUGCAGGCAGUAUGAGCAAGAAAGAAGGGUAAUGUUUACAGGACUACAGAGACUAGGAGUGGAGGCAAGGUUUACAGAUCUGCUUGAGUGUGGGGACACGGUGGAGGGAAGGAAGGAGAUAUUUAGUUUUUUGAGGACAACUGGUAUAAGUAAAAGGAUAUAAGAGAACCAGACAGCAAUACAUGAUUAAAUCCAGAAGGAGGCGGUAAUGCAACUACAAAGGAUGCCAACCUCCAUAAAACACCAAAAAAUAAGAAGAAGAAAGACGAGCACCGGAACUGUCCCCAGUAAUAAAUCUAAGCACAGAAUGAUAAACGGCAUCUUUGGGUCAAAGAGUGGUACAAACAGCAUGUCAAAUUACAUAACCAGUAUCAAGGACAGGAUACAAGUAGAUUCGCAGUAUUUUUAACUCACAUUACAUUUACCUUUCACAUAGGUAUUGCAAUUAGAGAUAUAAUGUUUUCCGUUUUGAAGCACUUUUACGAAGUACCACUGAGACUCAUUCAAUUCAGUCAUUCUGCACUGUCGGCGCCAUAAAAAAUUGUCCUCCUAUCUGAUUGGACAAAAUCCCAUCAAAGCUACAGCCAAUGGGUGAAUAGACUGUUGCUAUAAGAUAGUCACACGUCCGUAUUUUUGUUAUUCUUUACUUCUUACACGAAUAAGGAAAAUGAGUGGAAGAGGAAAAACCGGUGGAAAGGCGAGAGCGAAAGCUAAAACUCGUUCAUCUAGGGCAGGACUCCAGUUUCCGGUUGGUCGUGUUCAUCGACUACUGCGUAAAGGAAACUAUGCUGAGCGUGUUGGUGCCGGUGCUCCGGUUUAUCUGGCCGCCGUGCUCGAAUAUCUGACUGCUGAGAUCCUGGAGUUGGCUGGUAACGCUGCCCGAGACAACAAGAAAACCCGCAUCAUUCCUAGACAUCUGCAGCUGGCAGUGCGUAACGACGAAGAGUUGAACAAACUGCUUGGAGGCGUCACUAUCGCUCAGGGCGGAGUACUGCCCAACAUCCAAGCUGUGCUGCUCCCCAAGAAAACUGAAAAGGCCGUGAAGGCAAAGUAAUUUUUGCAUCGCUUCUACCAACCACUCACCCAAAGGCUCUUUUAAGAGCCACC